AUGGACGGGCGAGAAGAACUGCGCUCUAGCACCGAGGUAGAGUCGCUCAUGGGCGACGAGGAGAAGCAGCAGUGGCGCCGUCACCCGUCCUCAUUAUCACCGCAUUUCAGAAAGUUUUCAGAGCGUGGCACCCCGACAUCAUCGCACCGCUGGAUUAUCAGUACGGUACUACAGGUCGUCAUCAUCGGUCUCGUCGGGCUGUUGCUGUUGCGUGAACAGCCCCAGACACCGACGGGAGAGGCACCGCAGGUCGGCGGAGACUUCAACGGCAAAGGGCCAACGAUCGACACCACGAUCCUCAAGUUCAAUGCGGACUAUUCAUUUGUGCCUUUGAAUGCUACUAGGUUCUUCGACAACGAUGUCCUCGAGCAAUGGAAGACAAUGAUGCCGGCGGGCACAGGCUGGGGAACGGACCUAUCGAAAUUUUCGACAACGUCGAUGACGCACCAGCUGCACUGUAUCUUCAUGAUGGCGCGCAUCUAUGCCGGCUUCUCAUCCGGCUCGGUUUCUUCGUUGCCAACCGACUAUAACUCGCACUAUCUCCACUGCGUCGACUACCUUCGCCAGGGCGUCAUGUGCAGCGCCGACCUGGCGACGGAGCCGCACAAGGACACGGAUCCCGACGACAAUGGCCCGCUUGAUGGGAGCUGGGCCGGGCUACAUGUGUGUAAGGACUAUGGGCAAGUGACGAAGUAUCUUGGGCAACAAAUAUCCGACGGCGUGCGCGUGGUGCUGCCUAUUGACGACUAG